AUGGCUGCUGCUGUUGCAACUCAAAAAAUGUUCGAUACUGGUUUAUUCAAAAGUUAUUCAACUACGACUUUCAAUCAAUUAGGUCGUGUAAAUCGUAUUAUUGAAUGUCAUGGCGAAGGUGAACAAUCAAAACGAAUUGAAAGCAUCAUUGAUAAUUUGGCACACGUAUUUAUCAAACAUAAAAUGCAUGAUUUAUUGGGUGUUUCUCUGGGAAGUGUACAACAACUUAUGGAACAUUAUGGUCAUAACUGUGUUCGAAAUACACAUUGGACAAUUAUUCAAAAUGAUGAUGGCUCAAUAAGCAAAGCGAUCGGUGGUUGUAUCUGUGGCAUCGAUUGUUGA